UUGAGGAAUUAUCUUGAGAUUGCUAAAGUAAAUCCAAAGACGCGCGUGUAGCUGUGUGUGUUUGACUGAAGGGAAGCAGAGACAGAGGGAGAGGGAUUGAGUUGCCUCCUCUCUUCUUUAAAAAGAUUUGCGAAAGAUGGCGACUAGCUCCGAGCGCAGUCCUCCUCCUUUUCCAGAGUCAGAGGACCAGGAUAUUUUGCUGGACACCGAGGACGUGGGACAACAACAGCGGGACAGUGACUACGGAGAUGAGGACGAGGAGGACGAGCUGUUCAUGAGCACCAUCAGUGACCCACCAGACACUGACACCACACCUGCAGCAACCAGCCAAAACACUGACCCCUCUUUGGAGUCCCCCAUAGACCCCCUCAUCGACCCCCUCAUCGACCCUGUUAGCGACCCUGCUAGCGAACCAUCCGACAGCAAACCCAUGGCAGAGGUCUUGAGCGAACCAUCGGACGAUUUUGAAGACCUAUCCAACACAGAAUCCGACAGCCCAGACGACCCUGUACCUGAUCCCAAAAACGACACAACUGAAGAUUUUUUCGAUCUUUUGGGAAGCGAAAAUGACAUGAAGGAAGAUGUAGCGCAGAUUGUAGAUUUGAAAGUUGAGUCUGCUCCGGAGGAGACGAUCAAAGUUACUGAGAAAACCGAUAAAGAACCAGAGAAAGAAACUGCGCCUCCUCUUGUUGACGUUACCCUUGAUUUGUUAGUGACUGAGACACAACCAGAACCCCCAAAAUUAGCAGAUCCGUUAUUCGAUCUUGAAAGUGACCCUGCUCCAAUACUUGAAACAAAAAAAAUAAAUCCACCCGUUGUUGAUAUUUUUGCAGAUGACGAUGAAGAGGGUAGUGAUCUCUUUGCAGAUCCCAAACUUUCCAAACCUUCUAAGCCAAAUCCGAAAAGUUUAUUUGAAGAAGAUGAUUACUUCUUCUCAGAGCCUUUGGGGGCCACAGCUAAGAAACCAGCACCCGUCACAGUAACAGCCAGUAACGCAGCGAGUGUGCUGGAACCGAAACCGAUCGUAACUAAAGCAGAAGUUGAGGUGAGGAGUAAAGGGGCGGUUUUAACAGAGCCUGAGGAUCUUUUCACUGAAGAGGCAGUGGAGACAGCUCCAGUCUCAAAGAUGCAGAGUGGAGCUGUGUCUAAAACCAAUGGACUACAUGAAGAGGAGUCAGAUAUAUUUGCAGAAGCCACAGUGGAGCUUUCUCUAGACAGUCCCCGAAAUGAGAGAAAGAGAGAGACACCCAAACCCUCUGCUCCAUCCUCUCUGUCUGCAGCCGCCAGCCUCACCAAGCCCACACCUGCUGCUCUGGAGGAGUUGGAAGAAGAGGAAGAAGAAGACGACAAAUUUGACAUUCAAGUUUCAGUGAAAGAACCUGAGAAAAUAGGUGAUGGAAUGAAUGCUUACAUGGCCUACAAAGUUUUCACACAGACCACACUGGCUAUGUUCCGUAGUCCAACCCUCACAGUGAGACGACGAUACAGUGACUUUCUGGGGCUCUACGAAAAACUGUCAGAGAAACAUGGUCCAAACGGAUACAUAGUUCCACCUCCGCCAGAGAAAAACCUGUUGGGGAUGACCAAAGUGAAGGUGGGAAAGGAGGACUCUUCAUCUGCAGACUUUCUGGAGAGGAGGAGAGGGGCUUUGGAAAGGUACUUGCAGAGAGUGGUCAAUCACCCCACACUUCUCCAAGACCCUGAUGUCCGAGAGUUUCUGGAGAGAGAAGAGUUGCCACGGGCAGUGAACACACAGGCUCUGAGUGGGGCUGGUUUCCUGAAGAUGAUCAACAGAGCCACAGACGCCGUCAGUAAAAUGACCAUCAAAAUGAAUGAGUCCGAUGUGUGGUUUGAGGACAAGCUCCAGGAGGUGGAGUCAGCCGACCAGCAGUUCAGGAAGCUGCACGCUCUGGUCGAAUCUCUGGUGCUUCACAGAAAAGAGCUGUCCACAAACACAGCAAGUUUUGCAAAGAGUGCUGCGAUGCUGGGCAGUGCAGAAGACAACACGGCUCUAUCCCGGGCACUGUCUCAGCUCUCGGAGGUCGAGGACAAGAUGGAGCAGCUGCACCAGGAGCAGGCUGCUAACGACGCCUUUGGGCUCGCAGAACACAUCGCAGACUUCAUCAGACUGCUGGGGGCUGUCAGGGGGUCGUUCGAUCACCGCAUGAAGGCUUGGCAGCGCUGGCAGGACGCUCAGUCGAUGCUGCAGAAGAAGAGAGAGGCAGAGGCCAAACUGCUUUGGGCCAAUAAACCCGACAAACUGCAGCUCGCCAAAGAGGAGAUCGCAGAGUGGGAGGCCAAAGUUACACAGUAUGAGAGAGACUUUGAGCGAGUAUCAGCCACUGUGCGCAAAGAAGUCCUGCACUUUGAGAAAGAGAGAACGAAGAACUUUAAGAGACAAAUAGUGAAAUAUCUGGAAUCUAUGCUUCGGUCACAGCAACAGCUGAUAAAGUACUGGGAGGCGUUCUUACCUGAAGCUAAAGCGAUCGCCUGAUGUCUCAGUCCGGCCACUGCAGGCUGCCUUUUUCUUAUACACUUUACCUCUUUGCCUUUAAAACCAAGGAUCGAACGAAUUGUAGAAAGGGAGAUUCAAACCAGUUUUUUUAAUCACCUUUAACCUAUAGUAGCUCUCUAUUGUAUUAUGAAUUGUAUAUUGUCAUUUAAUCUUUCACAAAUAUUUUCUUAUUAGAUAAAAAAUACAUAUACAAUGGACAUAUACAAGAAGUAGUCUGAUGAUUCAUUUUGAUUUGUAAACUUAAAGUGGACUGUGUAAAUUUUCUUGUGGUGGAUCCGCUACUUGUUUUAUGCCUUGUUCACAGUGAUGUUGUUGCAUUGCCUAGAAAGUGUCACAGUAUGGUAUUUUACCUUAUCAAUCUCCAUGGAAACAAGCAGGCCAAUUUACACCAGAUCUCACUGUAAGAAUGCAUUUUUAAGGUAUUUUUUCUCUAUAAAAACACUCAUAAUUGAACAACUGUAAGAGAGACUUUUAAGAGAGACCUUUAAGUUUAGAUGCCAUAAUUUGGAACAUUCAAGGCAAAGCAAAAAUUUCUACAUUGGGAUAAACUGUUGGUAGACCCUCCACCAGAAAAGUUCCACAGUGCAUCUUUAAAUAAAAUGGGUUUGUACUUGGGUUUUGUUUUUGUUUACAGUGUCUACUCUUGUUAAAACAUCGUAAAGCAUUUGACCCAAGCUGAAGAAAGGUGCCAGUGUCGAUCUAAAAAAACACUAUAAAAGGGAUAAAACAGACAAAUUAUCAGAACACUUCCACUUGUUUUGGAAAAAAAGUACUUAAAUAAAUGCCAGCCUAUGAUUUUCUUUGAAUGUGUUAAAAUGCUGUGUGGUUAAAAAGAGUGGCAUUAAAAAGAGCAGCUUUUUGUCCUAUAAGAUCAUUGUGCAAUAACUAUAGUCAGCCAGAAGAGGGCAUAAACAGUGCAUUUCUGCCUCUUUAAAGGAACUGUAUGUAAGAUUUUCCCAGAUAUAAGUAACAUAAUCAAAUAUAUCUUUUACUGGUAACACUUUUAAUACAGAUUUAUUUUUAAUUACAAAAACAUUGUACAUGAUGCCAAGUUGUUUGUUAUAAUUUGGUGUUUUGGUUCAAGACAAUUAUCCAAUCAGAAAGCAGAAUGAGCCUCACAUGAGUCUCUCAUUUUUGGUUCCCAGUUCCAGUGCUGAAAUGCAGUUAGUUUAAACCUAAAAUGCCUCUCUCUGAUCUGAAUGGCCUGCAGCCAACCCUGAAUCAGUGCUAGUGCAGCCUCUGCAGCUCAGUGAGUGAAUUCUGGAGAUUUCUGAAGCAGAAAAUCCCACACUGUUAAACUCCACAGUACAAGCCUGUUGUCCCAGUGUCAAAGAUCCAGUGCGAUAGACAGAUCUUACCUGAUAUUUAGUUAUUGUUUAUUUCAUUAAUGCAGUUUACAAAAAAAAUUAAUAAAAAGCUUCAACUGGUCAGUGAGAGCCGGGCGAUAUUGUGAUAAAAUCAAAUUGUGAUCUCAUCUAUACUGUUUUAAUGCAGCUCUAUGGUCAAAAACAAACAUUUUCCACCAUCCACUCUUAUCGGUCAGCCUCCAUCUGAAUGAGUGACAGGUGGAUUUAACCAAGCACAGUGAAGAGUGAACUUUCAGAAAGUGCUGAUGGCUUUAGUUGCUUCUUAAAGACUGUAUAAAAGAUACCACAAAACCAUGAAUUGUGAUCAAAUCAAAAUCUGACUAUAACAAAAUCGUGAUAUGAUUUUCUUGGCAUAUCGCCCGUCCCUGUGGUCAAAAAAAUGUAUUUUAGGUCAACACAAAACAGGUUAAUGAAAAAUUCUAUUACAAAACUACGCAUUUUUACUAGUUAAUUAAAAAAAAUAGCACAAGUUGUCCAUAUUAUAAGAAAAAUACCAAAGUAAAAAUACCUAAAAUAAAAUUAUCUUUUAUUCAAGAGAGAAUAAACUUCUAGGCAGUGGUGGAAUGUAAAAGUAAAAGGAGAAAAGUACUGUACUUAAGUAAAGUACAGAUAAAAUGUAUACUUAAGUAGACUUUAAAGUGUGUAAUUUUUACUUUUACCUCACUACAUUUGAGAGCAGGUAUAUUCUUCUCCACAACAUUUUUGAACUGGACUGAAAAGUAAAAGUAUUUUUUUAUUGUCCUGCAGACCUGCAGAAAAGGCUGAGGGGUUUAUUUUAACACAUUCAUAAUUUGAGCAAACAAAAAUAUACAAAUAACAACAGCAUGUGAAGCUUUAUGAGACCUCGAAAUAUUUGCAAAUACUUUUACUUUUUAAGUACAUUUAUGAACAGGUACUUUAAUACUUUUACUUAAGUAGAUUUUUUUCAUGUGAUACUUUUACUUGAUUUUGCUACUUAAGUAAACGUACAGACAAUGAAGCAGAAAAUACUCAAGUACAUCUUACACCACUUAUACUAGGCUCCUGUAAUAUUAAAAAACAUGUAAAGUGUUUAUUUUAAUGGGUCAUUGCCACUCCCAUGAAGCUUAUACACACUAUUGUCAUUCAUAUUGUGUGGAACCUCAUGUCUACACAUUUCUUCAUUUAAAGGUGGACUUUUCUGGUGACGAGCCCGUUACCUGCUUGUCUCCAUGGAGAUGCUAUUGCUCUGCCUGUAAUGUUCUACAGUAUUGUAUUACACAUAUCUGUCUUGCAUUUAUUCAAUAACAGAUGUUUUCAUUUACCAAAUGUUACUUGUAACAUGCCUGCUUUAACUAUGAGGAUAGACAAGUUAAAUGCCAUACUGUGGAACAUUCCAAGAAACUCCAUGGAGGCAAGUAGAUGACAGACCCUCCACGUUAAAAGUUGCAUAGUCCAUCUUUAAAUUCUUUACAAUUGCUUUGGUUUUAUAGGACAGUGGGGAUUGUUGGUUUGGAGAGUCUAUGUUUAAAUGAACACUUACCCAGUGCCUUUUUAAUUCAGAUAGUUUUAUAAUGUGUCCGAUCAGCAUUUGGGACAAUGUUGCCAUGUUUUAUGUUUAAGAUCUUGCAAUUACUGAGGUUUAAAUGAUUUAACAGGAUGUAAACCCAUUUACAGCUAAUGUCUUGUUUUUGUGGAGGGGAUUUUGACUUUAAAGUGCAUAUGACAGAUUGUCAUGGAUUUUUAAAAAUAAUUAUGACUUGGUUUGGUGGGAUAGUGUCUGUGGUAAAUAUUUAUCAUAGUUUUACACCAAUUAAGUGGCAGUUUGUACAACAAUACAUGAAGUAUACGCAGAGUUCUAAAGUGGAGUCGCUCUACCCAUGUACUCAAUAUGGGAAACUACGGAAAGUAUUUUUUCUGGCACUUUAACUCUUCACUUAACAAAUAAAGACGUCAAUUAUUUUUUUAGUCCAAUCAUAACUAUUGUGAAAUUAGACAAGUUUUGACCCUUGUUCACAUUACGGUUGCUAGGUAACAGUUAUGGAAUAACCAUAUGUAGAUAUGACUUAUGUCAAAUCUACAGCCCGUGUCCAACCAGGAAGUAAAAUGAUAAACUUCUAACUAAGAUCAUCUAAGAAUUAUCAGUUAAUUCGCAGAAAAGAAUUGUCUAACCUCUUACCUGUCAUAUGCACUUUAACUUUGGCAUUACCAGAAUUAACAGACCAAUUUGUAAUCUUGAAAUUUGAAUGCGGCGUUGCACUUAAUGACACCUAAAUGUAUGAAAGAAAAACAUGCAAGUAUAAUCCGAAUAUAUAAUUUGAAUGAAAAUAUAUUUGCUUCUAUAAGUCUAUAUUGUCAAGUUAUAACAAAAAAAUUAUAACAAUUACUAAUCCUGCCAACAAUGACUAUAACUGUAACAUUGAAAUAACUGUAAUAAUUAGCUAAAGUUAAAUAAAAUACAAAAAACUGUAAGUUUACAAAUUGUUUACAAAAUGUAUAAAAGCACACAAUAAAUGAAGAAAAAAUAUAUUACAUGAAUCAAAUUUCUCAAAUUAGUUAUACACAAAAAUAAUUAUAACAUUACUUAACUAUGUGGACUAUAUAAAUACACAUUUCACUUUUUAUUUGGUUUAAAAUUUAAAUACUUUGCUCUUAUAAUCAAAAAGUUUUUUUACACAUUUUUUAUAUUAGAAUAUUUUAAUUUGAGAAUAAUUGUUACGUUUACAGAAUAAAAACCUAUACUCAUUAUUGUUUAAGCUAGGAUUGCAAUGACAUCAUAAUGAAUCAAAUACUUCCCAAAAUGCAUUGCUGUGUAGAUCCAACAUUAUUGUGGCCAGUCUCCCAUCUGAGUAAUCGUAUGUUUAAUUUUGUACGUUUUGCACACGUAGCCCCUUGAAUCACCCUUAAAAUGUUGCCACUUAAUUUCACCAAAUCAGUUUGCACAAAGUCCUGUUGAACUGUUUGUAACUGGGCCUCAAAAUGUCCGCCGUAAAAGUGCACAUUGAUGUCAGCAGCAGCAACAUGCUCCGUGUUGUCCAGUGCUCUCAAUAAAUCAAUAAAGUUGCACUGUUUACACUUCAAAA